AUGCCGCAGAGCAAUAUGACAAGCUUGCAGCAAAGUUCUAUGUCGGCUUUAUCUGGGGUUUCAACAGCGCAGCAGAACAUGAUGAAUUCAUUGCCACCUAGUUCCAGCAUGGAUUCAGGACAAGGGAAUGCACUGAACUCAUUGCAGCAGGUUCCUGUGGGAAGUAACCAACAAACUCCCGUAAGUGCUCCCCAACAAGCAAAUAUGAAUGCCUUGUCAUCACAGAGUGGGGUUAAUAUGCUACAGGCAAACAUGAAUUCCAUUCAGUCAAAUUCUGGUAUGCUUCAACACCAGCAUUUGAAACAACAGCAGGAACAUCAAAUGUUUCAGAAUCAACUCAAGCAACAAUUUCAACAUCGACAGAUGCAGCAGCAAUUGAUGCAGAAGCAGCAGUUACUGCAACAUCAACAGCAGCAGCUGCAGCAGUUACAACUGCAAGCAGAGCAGCAGCUUCCAGCACAGUUGCAGGCGCACCAACAGCAAAUGCCACAGCUUCAUCAAAUGAAUGAUGUAAAUGACUUGAAGAUGAGACAGGGGAUGGGUGUAAAGCCAGGGGUUUUUCAGCAACAUCUCUCUGUAGAUAGUUGGUUUGUGAUGCAAACAGGCUUCUUAGUUAUCAAACUCAUGAAGGAGAUGUACUUACCCGAAAGUGAAAAAAUUGCUACUAAACUUCUGCAG